AUGGAUGCACUCUGGACAAGUCUACCACCAGUAACACGCGGAUGGAACAUUGCAAUUGUAGCCACGUCUACAUUAGUUACACUAAAGAAGGUCAAACUAAGCAGUCUACUCUUUCAACCCGAACGAGCAUUCACUAAUCAAAUUUGGCGAUUGGUAUCGUCUUUCUUUGCAUUCGGCGAUCUAUCCAUGAAUUUAUUCAUGGAGAUCUGGUUUGUGAGUAGUUCAACUCGGAGAGUCGAAGAUGCAUUCAUAACUAAUCUGAGCAUGUUGCCUCAAGUUGUGGACUCAUUUGAUGCCGAGCAACGGAAAUUACUCCAUGAUUUCAUUGAACGAAACAAGACCAUUGACUUCUUGUAUUAUUUGCUACAGAUAUGUAUUGCUAUUGUGUUGCUGGCUACAUUUGGAUAUUACAAACUCGGAAUAACCUUGCCGCAAUUAGGAAAAUUGUUGUGUCAUCUGUUGAUCUACAUCGAUAGCAGAAUCACCCCUGAAGAAGUGUUGAACUUGUUUGGGAUCUUCCAGUUCAAAAAAGUGUACUACCCCUGGGUGUGUGCGCUGUUGGAUUUGCUAGUGGUUGCAGUGAAUCUACUCGAUAUAAAUUGGAAGUGGUAUGUUGAAGUCAUACUUAAACCCUUCAUUUGGUUUUAUACAGUAAGUUAUGGAUUGGGACAUUUGUGGUGGGUAUUGCGAGACUUUCUCUUGCAGGAAGUACAUAAUGAUCAAAAUGACAAACGAAGAUUGUUACGCCAAAACACAUUACGUGAGUUUAAAGUUACACGGUUUGAUUUAGUUAAAGAAGUUCUUCUGAUGGUGUUCUUGCCACCAUGGUACUGGGUAGUUAUUUCAAAAAUUCAACGACGUAGAUAA